GAGAGAGAGGGGUGGAGGAGACGGAGGUCCGCUCGAACCGGGAUUUCUCCCUUUGUUUUGUGGAUGAACGCCGUGAUAAACGCGAUGUGGACCUUUUUAGGACGAGUAAUAUUUUUUCACUUGCUCACCAUGCAGCCUUAUUUCGGAAAAGGGUCCGAAACGGAGUGCGAGGACGGACAGUUUCAGUGCAAGAACAAGAGGUGCAUCCCGACUAUAUGGAGAUGCGACGACGACGACGACUGCGCCGACAACAGCGACGAGGAAGACUGUCUGAAGAGCACGUGUGACCCGGCAGAGUUUGCGUGUCAGAACGGACAGUGUGUGUCCAGCCGCUGGCUCUGCGACGGAGAACCCGAGUGCACAGAUGGAUCAGACGAGGCCGAGUCCACCUGCACCGUGAAACAGACGUGUCCUCCAGACAAGUUCGACUGCAGAGGGACCUGCGUGUCUCCGGCGUGGAGGUGUGACGGAGAGAAAGACUGCGAAAGUGGAGCGGAUGAAGAAGACUGCGCUGCUGACGCUCGCUCCUGUGCUUCCGGAGAGUUCCAGUGCCGUAACCUGAAGUGCAUGUCUCCGGCGUACGUAUGUGAUGGUGAUGACGAUUGCGGCGACGGCACUGACGAGGAGCAGUGUUCCCCGCCGUCGUGCAGCCCACUCCAGUUCCGCUGUAACAGCUCCGAGUGCGUCCCGCAGCCCUGGACCUGCGACAGAGACCCGGACUGCUUUGACGGAUCGGACGAAUGGGAGGGGCUGUGCGGCGACGGAGCUGGGCGAACGCUACCUCCAACGAAUCUCAGGCUUGAGUGCAGUGCUGGAAUGUUCCGCUGUAGGAGUGGAGAGUGCAUCAAGCUAGCGUGGUGGUGCGAUAAAGAUCCGGACUGCAUGGACAGAUCAGACGAGUCCGACUGCCCUCUCCUCACGUGCCGGCCUGAUGAGUUCCAGUGUGGAGACGGCUCCUGCAUCCACGGCAUCAAGCAGUGCAAUAAAGUCUUCGACUGUCUCGACCGGAGUGAUGAGGCUGGCUGUGUUAAUGCCACAAAGUGUGAAGGACCUUUGAAGUUCCUCUGUAGAAAUGGAGAGUGUAUCGAUGGAGCAAAGGUGUGUGAUGAUGUCAAGGACUGCAAGGAUCGAUCGGAUGAGCCCAAGAGGGAAUGCGGUUUAAACGAAUGCACAAUGAAUAAUGGAGGCUGUUCUCAUAUCUGUGUGGAUCGACCCAUCGGCUACGAGUGUCAGUGUCCCGCUGGAUACAAACUCCUGGAUAAAAGGACAUGUGGAGACAUCGACGAGUGUGAGAACCCAGAUGCCUGCAGUCAGAUCUGCAUAAACCUCAAGGGAGACUUCAAAUGCGAGUGUCACCCAGGCUAUGAGAUGGACCCAGUGAGCAGAACCUGCAAAGCAGAGGGAAAAAGUCCCUACCUGAUGUUCACUAACCGACACGAGAUCCGGCGCAUUGACCUGGUGAAGCGGGACUACACGCAGGUCGUUCCCACUCAGAAAAACGCCGUGGCCAUCGAUGUGGACGUCGCCGCCAACCGCAUGUUCUGGUGCGAUCGCUUCCAUCGCAAGAUCUACAGCGCCUACAUCCACGAGGCGAGUGACCCGGCCCAUCACAUGACUCUGAUCGACUCCGAGCUGCUUUCCCCAGAGGGUCUGGCUUUAGACUGGGUCCAGCACAACCUCUACUGGACUGACUCGGGUCAUGGCACCAUCUCGGUGGCUUCAUCUGAUGGCAGCAGGAGGCGUGUCCUGAUCCACACUGACCUGAGUGAACCGAGGGCCAUUGCCGUGGCUCCAGAGCAAGGGUUCAUGUUCUGGUCUGAUUGGGGAACGAGGCCCAAGAUAGAGAAGGCAGGGAUGAACGGAGUGGACCGACAGAUUUUAGUGUCUGACGGCAUCGAAUGGCCCAACGGCAUCACGCUGGAUGUGGUGGGAAAGCGACUGUACUGGGUGGACUCAAAGCUCCGUCUGAUCUCCAGCGUGGACUUUAACGGAGCUCAUCGCAGAGUGAUCCUGUCCUCCAGCGAGAGACUCGGCCAUCCCUACGCCCUCGCCGUGUUCGAGGACCGUGUGUACUGGACGGACCGUGAGAAGGAGGCCGUGUACAGUGCGAACAGGCUCACUGGGCAGGAUGUGACCAGCCUCGCUGAACGUCUCAAAGAUCCACACGAUAUAGUGGUGUUCCACGAGCUGAGUCAGCCCCAAGCCGCAGACAGCUGUAACCUGGUCGGCGUGAGUAAUGGCGGCUGCGCCUUCCUGUGCCUGCGCGCUCCUCAGAUCAGCGAUCACUCACCCAAAUACACAUGCGCCUGUCCCAACGGCGAGGAACUGAGCCCGGACACGCGAGUGUGUGUCCCCAUCCAAAACGUCACAGUCGCACCAACGUUCCCCAGCUUUCCUCCAAACAGCACUGUGGAGUCAGAGUCAGUGACAGAGGCAGGAGUGGACGUGGUGACCUCAGAAGUGUCAUUGAGUUCGGAGGUCGUGACCUUUCAGGAAAAGAUCGGUCCAUCAGAGCCCACGCUGAACAUCACAGUAGCGUCCGCUCAGAUCCCAACUGUGCAGCUAAGCACAGCGCCAGGAGAGGCCAACAACCUGUCCCAUCACUCUGGAAACGAGUUGUUUCUCCUCGGACACAGUGUACCCGUGGCCGUGCUCGGAGUUGGAAUUCCCAUCGUGGCGUUCGUGCUGCUUCUCUCCGCUUCCUGUCUGAUUUAUCGUAACUGGAGACUCAGGAGCACCAAGAGCAUGAACUUUGACAACCCUGUGUACCGGAAGAGCACCGGCGAAACUGAGGAGGACGAGAUCCACAUCGGGAGGAGCGAAGGGCUCGCCACGCACCACCACCCUUACCCAGUGCCUGUGGUUGGCACGGCGACGUGUCCGCCGUUCAUUGCUCUGCCUCUGGGUGGUGCUGUUACAGAUCCAGUCCCGCACUGGUACACAGAGCCGCCCACCAUCACCAGCGCCAAGUGAAAGUCAGCAAGGACUUGGUGUGAGAGUCGGGGUUUCCAUGGGAACAGUGUUUAAAGUGUGUAACGAGACACUGAGCUGAGGCCGAGUGUCAAAAGUUUGUACACCCACUAGAUCAUACGUAGCAGGGGUGUGUCUCUCUUGAACGAUCCGAUGUGUGAAUGAUGAA